GUAGCCAUCUUAGAAUUACAGUUAGCUUAAUGCAACCAGGGGCAACAGCGAGUGAAGCUCCACCGUCAGCCAGUCAGUAGAGCACCAAAAUGAGAGCUGUGGAUUAACUCUGUUGUAUUGGCUCUCCUACACUCAAACUCUCUGUCGGAUUAACCCUUUUCCUCUCAUUAAACUGCUCGGAAACGUCCCCCGGGUCGAGCUGACAGCCGUCGGGCCUCGUCGUCGUCGUCGUGGCCCAGCAGGACUCGAGUGAAGUUGGGAGCUGACUACCAAACUUCUGCUUCCUCCAGCGUCCUCCGCAGGGCCCGGGGCUCCUGUCACCGGCCCUGUGGAUGAGGAAGUGAACACGAACCGAAUCAAUAACCAGGUGAGAUAGUGAAUUCUGACUCGGUCGGUUCUGGUGCUUGUUAUCGCGGUCGGGUUCUGGAUAGCUGAGAGGCUAGUUAGCUUUAGCCGGAUAACUUCCCUGGCCUGACACGGAGCUGUGCUAACACUCGGCUCAGCUGAUCGCACACAUAUCUGUCCAUAACAGUUUGUUUUGAUCAGUAUUUUCACAUGCGAAGUUAUUUAUUGAUCGUGUUAUUGCGGUGCUCGUAAUGUCACAUGUAUUAAUAACCGUUGUUGGUCCGUGUUUAGCUCGUGUUGCUGCUCAGCUAACGUUAGCCAGUUAUUUCAGACUAAAAUGAGGCCUUUUUACGGACUCUGAAGGCUUUAUUGUUUUUAUUUUGACUCUAUAUCAGUGGUCAGGUUGAAGCUACAGUCGUUUUUCAUUGAGGAUAAUCUGAAGCGCGACGCUCACGUGACAUCUCAUUGAAAACAGUCAGAUUGAUGCAGCUCUGAUGAUCAAUAACAUCGAUCAGAAAUGUUUAAUCACUUCCUCUAACGCAAAGGGUUAUCGUGACUGUCUUCACAGAAUCUCAUGGCUCACUGUCAGCCUCAGAAGACUGUUACUAACCCCUGAACUACAGUGGCCCUAAAGUGCAAAACACAACACCAUCGCAAUCAACAAAAACAAAUCAUAGAGCUGUAAAAAAACACAGCAGAUCACAAACAUAAUGACUAAUCACUCACCAACAAACACCAAUUAUAUUUAUAGUCUUGUCUUCUUAAAUGUUGUAGUGUGUUUUGUUAUGUGUUGUCUGUUGAAAUCAGAAGUUUGUAUGAAUAACAGUAAAAACAGAACCGAAUGACAACCAGUUAUUGGGAAUAAACAGUAUGUCAAGUUAAAGGGAUAUUCCGGCGUAAAUUAAUUUAGGGUCAAACUCAUUGUAACACCAAGUUAGACACCCCCCUCCAAAGAUGGAUGUUGCCAACCGCUUGCUUCUCUGGUUAUACCGACUUAAGUAAUGACCGCACGAUAGCAAUACAGAGAGCCAUGCGCUCAACCAAAACACCACUCUAUAGCCACAAAUAAUGCUCAGAACAGCACCUUACUUCAUCAACAGGACAUAUAGGGUCACAGACAUAGUACUAUAGUUAUAGUUUAGUUCUAGUUUAUUUGUUUAUUCGAACAGUUUAAAAGAAAAACAAAAUAAAUGCAGCAUACAGUGUGCUUUGGCAGAGAAACAAUUACAUAGACAGCUCUGAAGCAAUAUAGAUAAGUAUACUUUGUUCGAAAGGGUGUAGGAUGAAGUUGAUAAAACUUAUCUAGUCCUACUCCUUUAUUGUUGUGUUACUGUAAUUUAAUCAGUCAGAGCACGUGUAGGAAUAACAGCACAGAAGACAGAAAAUAUAUCAGGGAAAAAGGCACGUUGACCAUCGUUAUAAAUUCAUGUUUCCGUUUCUCUCUUAUAUCCAUUCAGAAUUUGGUUUCUAAAAAUAAGUUUGAACUUGCUUAGUGAUCAGUACGAGCCACCAAACAUCUUUUUAACUUUGACUCAUUUCUUUAACAAAGAGACUAAACACAACUCACCCACUCUCUUCCAGCAGCCGCUUGUUAGUAGAGAGACCUCAGGCCAGUCCAUUACGGACUACAGCGGGGUGACGCAGCUCAAGGAAGAACAUUUAUGAUCAUUUCUUUAUGGAAAUACAGUCAGACCGAGAUGCUAAAGCAGAAGAACUACAGCGUCUGCAGUGAAAAUGAUGAAUAUGAUGAUUAUUACUUCAAGGAAAUGAUAAAGAAAUGACCAUAAAUGGUCUUCCUUGAGCUGCGUCACCCCGCUGCAGUCUGUAAUGGACUGGCCUGAGGUCUCACUACAAACAAGCAGCUGCUGGAAGAGAGUAGAUGAGUUGUGUUUAGUCUCUUUGCUAAAGAAAUCAGUCAAAGUUAAAAAGAUGUUUGGUGUCUAGUACUGUGUCUGUGACCCUAUAUGUCCUGUUGAUGAAGUUAGGUGCUGUUCUGAGCAUUAUUUGUGGCUAUAGAGUGGCGUUUAGGUUGAGCGUGUGGCUCUCUGUAUUGCAAUCCUGCGGUCGUUACUAAAGUUGGUACAACUAGAGAAGUAAGCGGUCUGCAACAUUCAUCUUUGGAGGGGGGGUCUAACUCGGUGUUACGGUGUGUUUGACCCUAAAUGAAUUUUAAGCGGAGUAUUCCUUUAAGUCUCACCUGUGGACUAGUGUUACCCGAUGAUAGUGAUUCAAAACACCGUCCUGUCAUCAGGCAAAUCAAGCAAAUGUGUUUAUGUCAAACAUUUUCUGCUCAGAAACAACCUGAUGUGCCUCACAUGAAUAAUUUAAACAUCAGAUGAAAUAGAUGAAUAAAUCAAUAUUAAAGAGAAUAAAAUCAUUUUAAAAGCAACAGAAAACGUUAAUUUUAGUGCUUAUCAGAAGAGAGAUGUUGAAAUUGUAAUAUAAUGUUUUAAAAGCACAUUGGUUCUUUAAAUUGGCUACUUAAACAUCGUAGUGCUUCUUGCAGAUAACUGAUUUAUAACAGUAAUUAUUCUAACAUUGUUGAGCAGGAACUGUUUACAUUGAUGCUCUUAAAGGGACGGGUUUCCUCUCCAUGUGUUUUUCAGGUUGUUCUGACUAAAAUCCUCUAAACGUAGAAAACAAAUUCAUGUCGAGUCAAAAGCAAAUAAUCUCGGCUGACCUCUUUUUGAAGCCAUCCUCGCUGAUCCUGAGCUCAUAGUAAAUCUGAAUUGAUGUUAAAGUCGUCGUAGUUUAUUGUCUCACAUAUCACGGUGAAGAAAGACCUCAUUGUUCAUAGAUCUGCUGAUCUUACAGGAGCUUCAGGCUCCAACUUGUGUCCUCAUCAACCUCAUGUCAAGAUUUAUGUUGUACUUCUGCUGUUACAGGAGAAAGGAAUCCCUUUGAUGGGAGAAUCCUCUUUCCUGGCCUACUGGGUCAAUCGCUGUGCCAUGAUGAUGGGUAUGUGUGUGUCUGUGUGUGUGUGUGUUUUACAGAUAGCUUCAUCUUGUCAUAUCUAAACCCCCGGAGGUUUUUUCCUCUCAAUAGUUUCUUUUCUACCUCAGUGUAUUCUCUUACUUCUGCAGGAAUUAGAUGGUAAAGGAGAUUCAUUCAUUUUUAGGCUUUUUGCACAGUGAUUUCAAAGUCUGAUACACAGUCUAAGCCCUGGUCUGAUCUUCUUGAGUGUAAAAAUGAAGUGAGAUCUUUUCGUGUCUCUCAGAUGAGCAGGAGGCACUGAACUCAAUCAUGCAGGACUUGGCCGAACUGCACCGCUCCAGCCGUCCUGCAAUGUUCCUGUCGGACCUGGGCAAACCCAAAGCCUCCUCACCCAAGAACCAGGUAACUGCUGCGUCAGAGAUAAUUGAGGAAAACAAAAAGAUGCUUUCUGAAGUUCACAGACACGUGUUUUGGUUUCUGAGUGAGUUUCAGUUUCUAGGUGAGCUUUAUUCCUCUAAUUUCACGAUGCUGUCUGUUCACAGAACGACGUCAGAGUGAAGUUCGAGUUCAAAGGGGAGAGGAGGUGAACUUCCAACCAUCUUCAUCACUUCAGAGGUAGAAACUCAGACCUGUAGAGCGCCCCGCUGACCUCUCACCUCUCUUCUUUAGGAUUUUGCAGUUUCCUCGACCUGUCAAACUGGACGACCUGAAGGCGAAAGCGAAGGUGGCUUUUGGUCAGACGAUGGACCUUCAUUACACCAACAAUGAGGUAAAAAACUGAAAGACCUCGCCAAACAGGACCUUGUUUUUACCGUUGACACUGAAUUCAACAAACACAUUUCUAUUUUGCUGCAGCUGGUGAUUCCUCUGACCACCCAGGACGACCUGGACAAGGCUGUGGAGCUGCUGGAUCGCAGCGUUCACAUGAAGAGCCUCAAGAUCCUCCUGGUGCUCCAGAGCUCAUCUCAGGUCAGCAGCUUCUGCCACAGAUAACCUAGGACUGGGCGAAUUAUAUCAUCAAGAUAAAUUUCAGUUCAAUCAGACAGCCAAUCAGAGUCGAGCUUUUCCUGCUCACUGCUGUAAGUUACAGGAGAAGUAAACAGAAUGAGCGAACGUGGCGCUGAGAUCAGUGAAACUGGUGUCAGCCAUGACUUUGAGUCAUCCUCCCAAGAUGCCAUAGUUGAGAAGAAGAGUUACUCAAUGUCGGUUGUGUGGUUCGGGUUUCUCCAAAGUGAGGUUGAGCAAUUAAGCCGAUGUGUAAGGUAUGUCGAUGAUCGGUGUCCUCACAAACCGGCAACACAACAGAUCUGUUUAAUCAUCUGAAGGAGUUCUUCCAGAGUGAUUAUGAGGAAAAAAUGAAGAUGUGAGCCGAGUCCUUCUGCUGACGGCACAACGAGCAGUUUGGCUACAACCAGACCAAAGCAGCGAUCAGUUGUAACAUCUAUGUUUACAUCAUCUAAUGUUUACAUUCUAAGUAGGGCUUUAAAAGUCGAUUUUAAAUUAAAUCGGCCAAUUUUAGCCCGUUUGAAACUAAUCGGUAAUCGGCCAAAACUCGCCGACUUUCGCCGAGAUUUUCAUAAAUGAAAUGCGGAGAAUAAGAUUCGGUUUCACUUGAAAAUGUUCCGCCAUUUAAAAAGAUCCCCGAUUUAUCCAGUAGAUGGCGCUACAGCGACCUCAUGACAACCUUGAUCCACUAACUACCUCACAGAACUGCAGAGUGACGGAUCUGAAGCAGACAGGAGGAGAGUGGUCCGCCUCAACGGUAAAUAAACCAGUUUGUGAAAAACACAAUAAGUCAACAAGUUUCAAUUUAACCCACUUCACCAUGUUCCCCGCUGUGCUGGUCUCGGUCACGCCGAGUUAACGGUGAACCACCAUGUAAUAUGAAGCUAAAGUUAGAGUAAGCCUCGCUGCACUGUUAGCUGUGCCAGUAACGGUAGAAUAAACAACAGUACACAUUAGUGAUCGAGCUACUCCUCUGACUGAGGCAGCUGCAUGUCUCCAGAUGAAACCGGACCGGAAAAUGAGGAACGGGAGUUAAGACGUAGGUACCGAUCGGCGGCGGCGGCGACGGGUGGGGGGUAUCGGUCGGUCUUCUUGUCAUUCAGGACUGUAAACUUUUGUUGUUCUGUUGAGUUAAAAUGGUUUUAUAUUUGUUUUAAAAUGUUUAUCUUCUCAAUUUUCUUUGUUUUUUACUUUGUAUGUGAAUAAAAUGUUGAACUAAUCUUUAGUUUCUUUAGUUUUCAGUACAGAUUCUUUAAAACUGGCAGUUUGAAAAUAUGAAAACGUGAUCAGAGUCGAGAUCAGAUGAUAAGACAAAAUAUAUCAUAAUCAUUUUUUAGUCAAAUCGCCCAGUCCUAAGAUAUCCUGAAUUUAACACUUUCUUCUUCUAACAGCAUCAUUGAAAUGUAGUUUUUUUGUUGUUCAUCUUAAAAUCUUUUUAUGAAACCAUCUCAGUAAGACAAGCCGUUCAUUCGUCUCUUUACGCUGAAAACAGGGUCUAGAGUUCUUCACCUGUCUGCUUUUGUUUUCAUUUGACUUUUCCUUUGUUUCCCAGAACUCGUCCUCCAGUAUGGACCUUCUACCGUCCCACGAGGAGUUGGACAACACAGGAUUCAGGGUGGCUGACAAGAAGAGCAUGCUGGGUUUGAUAGGUAGGUGAUGAAGUCUCUCUGAAACGUUGAAGAUGAAAAUAAAGCUUCUGAUCUUCUCCUGCAGACUCAUUUAUCCAAGUUCAUGAAGUCAACAUGGAUCGUUGUUGAUGAGUAUGUUUCUCUGCGAUCAUCCUCAGGUUCCCAUUCCACCGAUCGCAGCUCCCCUCCUCCAGGAUACAUUCCCGACGCGCUCCAGCAAGUGGCGAGAAACGGCUCUUUCACCAGCAUCAACAGCGAGGGGGAGUUCAUCCCUGAGAGCAUGGAUCAGGUACGUACAGAAACGUCGACGAUGAAUCAGUGGCGCAGACAGCGGACGAGUUUGUGUUUGUAACGAUGGUGUUGGUUUCUUGUCCUCCAGAUGUUGGACCCGCUGUCCAUGAGCAGUCCAGAGAACUCGGCGUCAGGAAGUUGUCCCUCUUUAGACAGUCCUCUGGACAGGUCAGGACCUAAACGUCUUCUUCAUACCAAACUGAACUCAUUGUUGGACCAUCAAAUAAACGUUUCCUCAUUUUUUUCCUUCUGUUUCUGCUCAGCGACUACCCCAAGUCCAGGAUGCCGCGAGCGCAGAGUUACCCCGACAACCACCAAGACUUUCCAGGUGAUUAAAGAGGAUUCAGAAAAACCACGAUGAUAAGAUGAUGAAUAAAAACAGGGACAUGAAAUCAUCAUUUUCUAAAAGUCUGUGGUGACUGGAUGCCAUUUUUAUUCAGUUCUUCAGCGUUCUUCAUCCUCCUCCUCCUCUUCCUCUUUAGAGUACGAUAUCCCCGUGUUUGAGAAGUCAGGAAAAGGGGGAACAUAUCCUCGACGAUACGGCAUUCCCUUUGGUCUUCAGGAUUACAGCGACGGUGGGAGAUGUUUUCAAAGACCCCCAAACAAAGACCUGAGUAUCGUUGACUGUGUGUGUUCAUGUUUUCAUCUUCUCUUCUUCUUCAUCUUCUCGGCAGGGAGGAAGACCUUCCCUCGGGCUCGGCGAACACAAGUCCACGGUUUCCGCUCACCGGUGAGCUUCAGCCCCACAGAGCAGUCGCCCAGCACCAGCAGCGGCAGCAGCGUCUUCACCCCUGACCUGGAGGAGGCCCCGGGACCCGCCAGGAGGCCACGAAGGGGCAGCGACAUUGAACCCAAUCCCAACCCGACGGCUCCGUCGACCUUGUCUGUGAUGGACAUCAGCCCGCCCAGCCGCUGUGAGUUCAGAGGUCAUUCAGUCCAGGAAGUAUCUCUGCCGAGUGUUUGACGGCGGUCUAACCUGACAGCGUUUUUUUUUCAGCUCCACGAGCUCCGACCAACUGGAGGCUCGGGAAGCUCCUGGGUCAGGGCGCCUUCGGUCGGGUUUUCCUCUGUUAUGACGCCGAUACCGGACGAGAACUGGCGGUCAAACAGGUCCAGUUUGACCCGGAGAGUCCGGAGACGAGCAAGGUGAGAGUCUGCAGAGGUGAAAAAAAACAAACACAAACAGGAGAGCUGUUAAAUCUGUGGAGGCUCGAGCACAAAGAGUUAAAAAUGAGAAGAAUAAGGUCUCAUUUCAUAAUGAUCUGAGUUGGAGGUGUGAGGCAGGAAGUGGAACAUUUCUUCACGCUUUGUAGGAGUGUUCUAAGAUCCUCUCCUCAUGGGAAAAAGUUUUAGACUAUAAGAGCAAAUCAUUAAAUUACAAACUCCCAACAUCACCAAGAUGAUGUCUCCUCUGAACCAGAAGUCCGGGGCCCCUGUUGAAUAAAAACAGUUUGAGAAAAUUAAAAACUGGACUAUUAACGUGAACAUGGAUGAUUCUGAAGUGUUGGAGGAACCCGAAACUCUCACACUGAGUCUGUGGAAAACACAGAUGAUGAUGUUGAUGAUGAUGAUGAUGAGGAUGAGGAUGAUGGGGAGAUUAAAUUCUGAAAAUGAUAUAAAAGAAAAAUGGGACAGUUUUUGUGGACAGAUGUGUGAACUUUCCUGUCUGUCUUAUUUUUAUCUUCUUUGUUUAUUUAUUAUUUCUGUUUGACCUCCAUCAUAUCUGUCUUGUUUGAUGCAACAUUGAAAAAAUAAUAAACUUUGAAUUAUAAAAAGAAAAAAUCAGGAUCACUGAUAAAAGUUUUGACUCUCUCAGGAGGUGAGCGCCUUGGAGUGUGAGAUCCAGCUCCUGAAGAACUUGUGCAACGAGCGGAUCGUUCAGUACUACGGCUGUCUGCGGGACACCAUGGAGCGGACGCUCUCCAUCUUCAUGGAGUACAUGCCCGGGGUGAGAGCUCAUGAACUUUGAACUUUUAACAGCAGAGCAACAGGACAACAGCUGAUUCUUCUUCUUCAUGAUGGUUUGUAGACCCGUAACAGAAGCAUCACUGGUUUUCUUCUGGGUUCUCAGGGUUCCAUCAAGGACCAGCUGAAGUCGUACGGGGCGCUGACAGAAAACGUGACGCGCCGUUACACCCGGCAGAUCCUGGAGGGGGUUUCUUACCUGCACAGCAACAUGAUCGUCCACAGAGACAUCAAAGGUGGGCGUGUCUUUGUUUUUAGUCCGGGUUGGUGGUCCUGGAGGUUCAGACUGAGACCUUCAGGGUCCAGUUUCAGGAGGCUGACUGUCUCCUCUCUGCUCAGGGGCCAACAUCCUCCGGGACUCGGUGGGGAACGUGAAGCUGGGAGACUUCGGGGCCAGCCGACGACUCCAGACCAUCUGUCUGUCCGGAACAGGGAUCAUGUCUGUGACCGGCACCCCCUACUGGAUGAGUCCGGAAGUGAUCAGUGGAGAGGGUUACGGCAGGAAGGCUGACAUCUGGUGAGUCCAGAGGGGGAAUUUAGAAACACUGCGAACGCACAAAAGAAAGCGUCGGGAUUUAUGAAAAAACAAACUUCAACAAACUUCAACAAACCUCCACGGCGGCUCUGACCCGCCGUACGAACGAAAUCUGGAGAGACGAGGAACUACGACCUCAACAGUAGAAAGAGGAGAUUAAAGACAGGGAUGUGAAAGAAUCUUAUAUUACACAUUUGACAACACAAAUCAGACAUUAAAGAUAUAUUUACAAAAAUGAAGAAGGAGGAAAAAUGUAGAUUGACGCUCCAGGAAGUGCGCGAGCAAACACGUCCGCACCUACACACAUGACCUGUCUUAUUAAAUCAGUUAUUCUCCGUCGUUGUGAAACUAACUUACAUGUUAUAAUCAAAUCCAUUCACAUCAACAAGUAAAGAUUUAUAUUAACAAUCGUAAUUAAAAUGACAUGAUCGCUGCGCAAAACUACUGAUCAAUCAGACUACGACACCUGGAGCUGAUCAGGAAAUGAAGUUCUGGGUGUCACCAAAUCAGUCCAGAUCAGACUCUCAGUUUUGAUCUCUCUCUCUCUCUCUCUCUCUCUCUCUCUCUCUCUCUCUGUCUCAUCCUCAUUGUCGUUGUUCCCGCAGGAGCGUCGGCUGCACUGUCGUGGAGAUGCUGACUCAGCGGCCCCCCUGGGCGGAGUUUGAGGCCAUGGCGGCCAUCUUUAAGAUCGCCACUCAACCCACGAACCCUGUGCUGCCCGCCCACGUGUCGGACCACUGCCGAGAAUUCCUCAAACGGAUCUUUGUAGAGACCAAGCAGCGUCCGUCUGCUGACGACCUCCUGAGGCACAUCUUUGUACAUUAACCCCGCCCCCUCACCCUCACCUCUUCCUUCCUUCGCCCGCCCGCCCAACAGCCAGAAACGGCCUUACCUGACGGCGUCCCUGCCUCUGAGCCCGCCUCUCCGCGUUGGACCAGGAGGACUCGGCUGGGAGGAGUCUGGGCUUGUUGUUCGGAAGGGCGGCGUUCCCGCUCCUCCUCCUCCUCCUCCUCCUGUCUCUGUUUUUAGGAGACCGCCAUAGAGGACAUGAACUUUGAUUUCAUUUUCUCCACAAGUUGCACCUUAAUUUAGUCGAAGCUGGAGGAGAGGAGAAGAACAGGACUCUUUUUUUAUGUUUGUACGGUUUCUCAGAGUGGGACGGUCUCGGUGUUGUGGACCUGACUCUCCAGUGGCCCUCUCUCCCCCCCGCCGCCUCUUGCUGACCCGACCCCAGAAUGUAGUCUCCUGCCAAAACCCAGAGCGACGAUGACGACGAUGAUGACCACGGCGAUGACCUGGGCCCGCUGCUAAAGAUGAAAAGAAACUCCUGGAUGCAGAGAACACUCCCCGGAAACCUUCUCCGCUCUUUUCUCGAAUCUUCGUCUUUUCUGCUUCUGCUCUCCGUGAACCUCCUUCCUCCUCUUCGCCAUGUGCCUUUUCUGUUUCUUUCUUGAACUGCAGUCCGACUUCAUCUCUUGUUUUUAGCCGUUAAGGUUUUCUCAGCGUCGUUUCGCAUCCGAGGUUAAACUGCCUUCGAUCCUCGUUCUGCUCAAACUUCCUUUUCUGCCUUUUUUAGCGACAGGAUCUUUAGGAGCGUCCUGAUCCGGACUCAGCUCGUGAUGAACCGGCUCACUGGUACUUAGACGAGGAUCCAUCGAUUACAUAUUCAAGUCAGCGGGAUUAGAUCGUCAUUGAUUGUAAUUUUCAGUCGUCACGGUAACGAUUCAGUCCGGACGUAUCUGCUCGAAAAGAAAACGUGAUCGAGGACGCGGGUUUCUCCUCGCUGUCGGUCGUUACUUGAAGAAGAGAAGCAGAGGAGGCGUGUCCGUCUGCUACAAAGCUCGAGGCUCGAAGCUGAUUGGUCAGGAGGUCUGGCUGUAUGACGCUGAAUCGAAAAACCACACAAACGUACGACUCCGUGUUCGUAGCUGCUCAUCACCAAAUCCACGGUUUGCACUGCUCUUCUUUGUUUUGCUGCUGCUGCGUUCGGUACUUUCUUUUGUUCCCCUCCUGCUGUGUCUUUCUGGAUGUGUGUGCGUACGUGUGUACAUGUGUGUGUGUGUGUUUUUGGCCUUGCAUGCACUCGCACACAGACUCACAGUCGAAGGCGUUUACAGUAUUCACAGCCUCUUUCAGUUGUUGCCAAAUUUAAGCGUGAACUCGUCACUUUAAUCGAACCACAAACACGCUCUCCGUUCAUCUCUCUGACGCUCGCCUCUCGUGGUUUUUCCUCCUCAUGUUUUUGUGGUUAAAAAUGACUGAACCUCCGAAACUUCUCGGACAGCAGGAGGAAGUUCCUACAUCCGGUAAAACGCCGGCUGAUGGUGAUUAUUGGCGCUUAUUUCAGACUGAAUUCUGCUCAUCAUGAAAACUCCGUGUUGAGUUUGUUUCCUCGCGUCCUCGGAGCCGUUUCCCCUGAUUUAAAAUCACCGAUGUUGAACCUGCAGAAAUGAGGCGGUACAGAAACGUGUCUCAGGUUCUCCUCGGUCACUCCAGGUACUUUAUUUCUUGUUGAAGUUUCAGUCGGAUGUUUCAUCGUUCUCUCCGUUUGCAGUUCUUAACUCGACUGAGGUUAACGCGUUCUUGGCGUUUUGAUGAAUAAGUGGACGUGUUCGGGUUCUAGGGUACGUUUAUAGUACGGUUCAGGAAGCGUUUGGCUGUUUCGUCCUGCUCACAGACUUUGUUGUCAUGUUUCCCACAGACAGAUCUCUCAGUCAGACGCUCAGAUGGUGAUUUGAAACGGAGCACUUCCAUUAAGAGUUCUCGCAGAUUCUCCAAAAGCACGAGAAAAUCUUUGAAUGUUUGUGUCGUCGGACGAGCUCCUGCUGGUUUGUGACGCUCGAUUUCCCGGGUCUCACCUCACAAAAGCACUUGUCAAACCCGGGUCACUCUGUGGUACGUUUCAGGUUCCAUCAGGUUGUGGAAACUUUUUCUUUUGUCCGUCAUCCAAAAGUCCUUCUUCACUCAGUUUUAGUUUUCUUUAACGGUACUAGUCCAGACAAGCUAGAGGAAAUCUUUUUGGUGAAUCAGCCCUGUGUCACGAAAUCAUUAGAUGUCGUAUCGAGUUAAGGCGGCGCACGAUAAACGCCGCCAGCACUGGUAACCCUUGAUACGCACGACCAUUAUGCACUAUCUUUGAUUCACUGAUGCGUUUCCACGACCCCUCAUGCAGCUCGGUUCACGACCUUUUCUUUGCACAUUGAAACAAAAAUUUACAACUUUUUUUUUUUUUUUUUUUUUGCGCCACAAGUGUACGUGUGUGUGUGUGUGUGUGUGUGUGCAUGCAUGUGUGUCAUAUCAUUGACUUGAAACAUGAAUGUAACGUCUCAGAUUUUCACCAUCAGUUUGCCUCGUUCACCGCUGUCGAUCGAGUCUUCAGUACCAGUAUUUGUCGCCUGCAGACGCCGAGACACACCUGUUAGUUCUCUCUUUAGUGUGGAAAGCCACUGCUGCCAUUCCUGGUUGUGAACGUGUGUGAGCGUGUGUGUGUGAGUGUGUGUGUGUGUCUGAAUGUGUGAGAUCCAGUUUGGAAAAGUGCAUUUACUGCGACUUGUGCUCUUUGACACUGCACCCUGAAUGCCUUGAGCAUUAUUCUGACUGUAGGGGGGUGAAAACAUGAAAAUACGAGUUUGAAAAACUAAAGAAAAAAAAAAAGUUGUGUACAAAUGUAAAAAAGAAAAUGUACCCUUUUUUAAAAAAAGAAAAGUCCACUUAUAUCCCACAUGUUCGGUCUCUUCUGUGUAUUGUAAAAGAAGCCAUGUUUAUAAUUCUAAUUGGUUUGUGACCAAUACGCCUGUUUAUAUCAGAUCUGUAUAUCAGUGGUACGCAUAAUUUUUUAAUAUAUUUUUUAUUUUACUUUUUUUUAAUGGGAGAUUUUAUGCAUGGUUGGGUCUUGAGAGACACAGCGGUGCCGUUGAAUGGUUGCUGUUUUUGGCAAAGUUCUAAAGUAUUGCAACAGCUCUGUGUUCAUAAACAAUUAUGACAUGAAAAUAAUAAAAGAUAUUUAUUUCACAAGA